AUGUCUCAACUUUUCGAUCCUUUGGGCCUCGUCGGACCAGUAGUCGUCAGUGUCAAAAUGUUCGUUCAGCCGUUGUGGCAGGAGAAUCUGAAUUGGGACGAUGAGCUUCCGAAUAAGUUACAAUCCUGGUGGCUGUCCUUCCGAGCAUCCAUUGGACUCAUACAAAAUCUUCGUGUGCCUAGAUGGGUUCUAGGCUCUCCUUCUGAUUGCUACGAUCUUCAUUGCUUCACGGAUGCUUCUGAGAAGGGAUACGGGUGCUGCAUUUACAUCGUUUCAACUGCCGGUAGUACAAAAGCAAGCCACCUUCUUAUCGCCAAGUCUCGUGUAGCUCCAGCAGGUGGGCUCAGCAUUUCACGUUUGGAACUGUGUGCUGUUGUCCUGGGAAGCCAAUUAGCUGAUAGUGUUCUCAGUUCGACUAAAUUUACCGGAAAGGUGACGUUUUGGACAGAUUCCACCAUUGUCCUUCACUGGAUAACUUCCCCACCUUCUACAUGGAAGGUAUUCGUGUCAAACCGCAUCGCCGGAAUUCAACGGCUUACUAAGAACUUCCAGGGGCAUCACAUCCCUACCACAGACAAUCCAGCAGAUCGAAUAUCAAGAGGAGCAGAGCCCCAGCAGCUACUGCAGGAUAUUCUUUGGUGGAGUGGACCACCUUGCCUAUUACUUUCAGCGGAAGAUUGGCCAGAUUCAUUUUUCGCAUUGUCACCAUCUAUGAUUGAGCAGCAAGUGACCGAACGCAAGUCAACCGUGGCCCUUCAUGUGCAUUCUCCUGAUGAUUCACUGAUCCAUGCAUAUUCAGAACUUGCUCCCCUGCUGAGGAUUACAGCUUACUGCAAGCGAUUCGCAUCCAACUGUAGAGCUGCCAAACAAGAUCGUAAUUCAGAAAAGACACGCUACACGAAUACGAUAAUGCUCUAA